AUGGCAGAACCUAAUGUUAAACCAGUGGAUGAAAAUGAUCUACAAGAACUCAAGAGUCGCAUGAAACUGAUAACAGAUGCUGAUCCCAGUCAGUAUCACAAUGAAUUUUCUCUCAAGAGGUAUUUAAGGGCUUUCAAGACAACUGAUGAUGCAUUUAAGGCAAUAUUAAAGACAAAUAAAUGGAAGACAACCUAUGGAGUUAGUGAGUUAACACCAGAGCAUCCAGUAAUCAAAGCCAACAUGGAAAAGAAUAAAGCCAGAGUGCUCCGGCACAGAGACAUGUUUGGCAGGCCAGUUAUAUACAUUCCUGCUAAGAAUCACAAUGCUAGUGAGAGAAACAUUGAUGAAUUGACCCAAUUUAUUGUGUACUGUCUUGAAGAUGCUUGUAAAAAGUGCUUUGAAGAAGUGGUGGAUAAUCUCUGCAUUGUAUUUGACCUUAAUGAUUUUGGUUUGAGUUGUAUGGACUAUCAACUAAUCAAGAAUCUGAUAUGGUUGUUAUCAAAACAUUACCCAGAGAGAUUGGGUGCUUGUUUGAUACUGAAUUCACCUGCAUUGUUUUCCAGCUGUUGGUCAAUCAUUAAAGGCUGGUUGGAUGAAAAUACUGCAAGCAAAGUGUUCUUCAUUGGAUCUGAAACUGAACUGUGCUCUUAUCUAAUUCCUGACAUCUUACCAACUGAUAUCUAAAUAUGUAAUUCAUGUUAUGUGUUCUAGUUAGUUAAAGUACAUAAAUCAAUUCAAUUAACUGAUAUAAAUCCAGUUAACAGCAGUGGGAAAUAAUAAUUACCUCCAACAAAGUACCAAUCUGGUAUUACUUAUGAUAGUUAGUGUUUAAGAACUGAACAAUUCACAAUUCAAUCAUAUUACUGUAAAUUACUAUGCAAAUAAGAUAAAUUAUUAAAUUAUUAUGCACCAUGCGUGUGCUGAAUGUAAAAUGAGUAACAAUGUAACAGAACAAAUAAUUCUACAAGUGAAAGCACAAAUUAAUGUAUUGUAAUGAAAGUAUCUGUACAGCGCUUUGAAGCACGAUUGACCUAACAUUGACCAAAGUUUCGAUCUAAAGAUGUAUGAUGGGGCAUCAUAUGCUUUAAAUUAAUGUUAAAAAGAUAAUUGUGUUAUUUAUGUAAUCAGUAUUGUAAAUUGAUCUUUAACUGUAAAUGCAUCUAAUGCGAGAAUAAAUGCUUUAUUUUAUGCUA